AUGAAGGUAGACAAGGGUGUGUGUACCAACGGCACCUUGGAGGACCUGAAUCGGGCCAUCCAAUUCGAGGCCGUCUUUUCGACGCUCGUCGAAAACAAGAUACUGGCAAUCAAGCGUGAGUGCGAGCUAAAGAAGCGGCACAAAAAAUCGCGGCUCCUGCGGCGUAUCCUUUUCGGUCGUAAGGUAUCGUCGGGUGGUGCGGGAGGCAGCUGUUGCCAUCGGGAGGUUUCCGCAAGUAAUAGUAACAGCAGCAACGAUGCUAACGCCGCCGGUGAACCAUUGUGUCCGGGUCACAAUGGAACGGCAGGAAGCGUGCACCAUCAGCUCCGAGAGGGGACCGAUGCGAGCUGCUAUAGUUAUGGGGCUUCGGUGCCGGAAGCCAACGCUGGCGUGGAAAACUCCACCAUUAGCGAUGGCGUCGAUGAGGUUAUUGUCGAGAUCGGUGACCUUUCGUCGCUGGUCGAUGCCGAUGGGAAUGUGGUUGUGACGACAACGAAUGUGGAACCCGGAACAUUUGUGGACGCAGGAAAUGGUCCGUUGAGUGAGUCGCUAGCAGCCGGUAGCCGGGCCACUGGAGCGUCCAGGAUGUCCGGUGCCGAAUCCAUUUCAACGAAAAGUCCCGAAUCGCUGGAAAACCGCAAAAGCAGUGGCCGUACAUCGGCUAGCGCACCAAGGAAGUCCUCCCUGCUGGAGCCGGUUUCAAUCGAGAUCGAGCCGGAAUCGGACCCGCUCAGCGCACACUACGACAUGGAGGAUAGUGCGACGAACGUAUCGAUCGAGUUGGACGGCGUUAGCGAUGUAUCCGAUAUGCGGCGCAGUAUCGCUUCGGAACCAAUAUCUAUCAUCAAGAAUUCGACUCGGUCGCGGUAUGGAAUGGGUUCCUAUCUUUCCGCAGGCAAUGCCGUUGCCAGCCGGCUACGGGUGCUGGAAGCGAAAUCCAUCAGCGCCCAGAACAGUCCAAUACUGCCCCGUCAGAAGCCUACGACCGAGGGACGUCACCUCACGUUCAGCACGGCCACCUACCAGCAGACGAAGUCAUCGACCAAAGCGAGCGCCAUCGACUGUGAUACUUCGUUCGUGGUGGACCUCAGCCAGUCGGAUCGGGAUCAGCAGCAGCAGCAGCAGCAGCAGCAACAACACAACAACUCCACUGUGAUAGUGAAGGACAAGCCGGCCAGCCAGGUGGCUAGCGGCAGCAAGAAGUCAGCACUAGUUCUAGGCGAUAAUAGCAGUAGUAGUAGCGCUAGUAAGAGAAACAAAUUAACGCAACCCCAUAGCAGCAACCAUUCAGCCAGUGCGGUGUCCAUCGGUCGGGCCGCAUCGGCACAGCAACAGCAGCAGCAACCGCAGCAACAACAAGAGGCGCCGUCAUCGCCUCCACUGGGACUCAUCGAAAGCUUUAACCAGCUGACGGCAUCCAAUCUACCUGUGAUAGCAUCUACCGCACGACAUUCACCGCCGGUUAGUGAUCUGGUCAAGCUGCAGCAGCACCAUCUUCCCAGUACUCGCCAGCAGCACCAUCGGCCCUCAUCACCGUCGAUUCUUCUGGACCCAUUCUGUCGCGUUGAGCAAAAUCCAUCGGCCGACGCUCACUCGCCUAUCCCUUCCAGGCGAGCUAGCAAAGGAUCGGCACCUACACCCGUUAUAGCCGAAGGUAUCUCUGCAACGGUGUCGACGGGAGCCUCACAGCAGCCUUUGUCAACCGGCACCGUACAACCGAAUCAGCCACAGACCCAACGUAAGUCGCGUAGCUUCCUUAGACAAUCCAGCUGCGACGUUGAGCUGCACUAUCGGCCAACCACAACCGGUACCAGGCGAUCGAGCGCCAAGGAACACCAUCAUCACCGUAAGAGCAGCGCGUAUGGCCAUGGAGACGAUUACUCCUCCUACAUCAUGGGGUACGACAUCAACGAGAGUGACGAGGAGAAACUUAACAAACGGAAGUACAAAUAUUUGAAGCGAUGCUCGGACCCGGUCAUAGUGUUCCCGUCGACGAGCAGCGGCACUGGGGCGGUAGGGGGCAGUACCGUCGGUGGCAGUGGCCUCCAGCAUUGCAUCCUCAGCCGUCCUCCGAAUCAACCACUUCAAUUCCCCUACGACGAAGACUUCAUGUACGAUGUUUCACUGCAAAUUGAAUCCGAACGUCACGGGGAGCUGGAUUCAAUAGUGCCUGAGCAUAGGAGGAAGCAUAAACACAGCAGACAUCAUCAUCAUCACCAUCGACACUGUAAGAAGAAAAGACACAAGAAGCGCAAAAUUCUGGUGCACGACCUGGACGACCAAAGCGUAAAGGUGAUAGACCCGGACGAUCUGCCGCAACGUGCCAGAUGGACAAUCAUUGCGACCGCAUGCCUAUUACUGAUUAUGUGCCUACUAUUAGUUGGAAUCACACUGCGGAUGGCUCCCAUCAUCGACGAUAUGGUGCGCCAAGAGAACGAACGGCUCAUGCGAGAGUCGCUCGACAGGGCGAAGAUGAUUAAAAACUACACCGAGUACAACCGGAUGAUUGGUGGCGAUGAAAUUCCUUAA